AUGACAACAAAACAUCUACUAACAUGUUUGAUAUUUUAUGCAUAUCUUUUCCCGUUCGGGUCCAGCUGCUUCUGGUUCACCCGAGUCCAGAUUAAUAUAUACAAUGACAUCAAUACCCCUUCGACUCCGUUACUCGUGCACUGCAUGUCCAAAGACGACGAUCUCGGAACGCAUACGCUGAAUUACGAGCAAGGGUUUCGCAUCGUUUUUUGCCUAAAACCUUUCUCGACUUUGUUUCAUUGCCAGUUUCAAUGGGGCGAUAAGGGCAAGUCCUUUGAUGCAUACAAGGCUUCAUGGUGGUACGGAAAGCCUUGUUAUGAUCAUUAUUGCGAUUGGGUAGCAAAAACUGAUGGGAUUUACUUGUCCUAUAAGAAAAGAUUUGAUUGGGAGGCUCCGAACUAUCGCCAUUUGCACGAAUUACCCAAGAAACUCCCAGCGGAAGAAGGCCUUGAUGGCAAUUUGGGCACGAUAGGGUAUGAAAAGUGA